AUGGUCGCCCACGAGUAUCGGCAUAAGGAGUUGCUGCUCCAGUUUCAGUCCAUCAACUCGGUUUCAGUUAUGACUACCUGCCUGAAAAGUAUUGAGAGGCAUGCCACUACGGUAUACACAAGAGAAGUGUUUUGGGAUGUCAAGAAGGAGAUUGAAGGGGUAGGUGCGUUGAACCAGAUUAACAAAAGAAGGAUAUUGAAUACAAUGGUAUACACCCUUGAGGAAUAUGAGAAUCCUAAUGUGCACAUAAUAGCGUCCUUCGGCCGGUCGACUAGCAAAGUAAGUUGUCAAUGUAACUUAUGGAAGAAGUAUGGAUAUCUAUGCAAGCACAUGUUCUUUGUGAUGAAGGCAGAGCACUUGAAGGAAAUGCCCGAUAAGCUCGUUCUCAGGAGGUGGAGAGCCGAUGCAAAAUCCCCUGAAUAG